AUGGGUGGGAGUCCUCUUCUACUCAAGAUCAUGAUCACCCUUUCUGCUUUCUUCUCAGAAACAGAGUCGACAUCUUUCGAGAUUGUGAACAACUGCAACUACACAAUCUGGCCCGGACUUCGCUUCACGCUCAGGAGCGGCGCGUCCUUCAACCUCUCCGUCCCCAAAUCCUGGACAGGUCAGGUGUGGGGCCGGACACUCUGCAACGAAUCCUCCACCGGAAACUUCUCCUGUUUCACCGCCGACUGCGGCACCGGAAAAGUCGAGUGCGACGGAAAUGGCGCCAUCCCGCCUGCUACUUUUGCUGAAUUCGAACUCAACAACUUCGGCUCCGGCGUGGACUACUAUGACGUCAGCCUGGUCACUGGGUUCAACCUCCCGAUGGUGGUGGAGCCUCGCGGAGCAGGCAGCAACCACUGCAUCUCUUCUGGAUGCUCGGCCGACUUGAACGGCGAUUGUCCCCAAGGAGCUGAGGUGGCGCGUGAGGGGGUAGCCGAAGGGGACCCGUGGCGUGCAUGA